AUGAGGCAUACCUUAUCUUUUAUCUUAUUAUAUGGUAGUUUCUACGAUGCGGUGGUAUUGGCACAGACGUCGACGAUUACAACAGAGACUGUGUAUACGACUGUGCGGAGUACGAAAGUAGUUACGAUUGGAUCAAAUGGAUGUCCGAAGUUGAGGCUUCCUUUGUGCAAUCAGGUGACAUGGGGGCGUAUGAAUGGAGGAGGGGGGGGGGGGGGCACUGCAACUGGUACCUCGGGUGUGCUUCCUGGGUCGUCGGUGUCGGUGUCUACGAAUAGUGGAUCGAGUACAAUAACCAGUGACGGUACUGAAACCGGUGGGACUGCGACUAGAACGGGAGCUAGUACUGAGACUGGCACCAAUACUGGCACGGGCGGUGCGACUACUACUAAUACUACUACCAAUGGUAGCAAUACGACUCGGCUUACAACAUCUACUACUGGGGCUUCGAGGUCUACUUCAUUAGGAUCAAGUUCCUCCAGUACGAACGCGACCACGGCGGUUCCACUUCCCUUGGAAUCAGGUUCCAGCCCUGUGUUUGUAAUGGGUGGAAGUAUCGGUGGUGGGGUUGAUGAGGCAUAUGCUAUCUAUGCUGCUAACUCCCCGCUCGUACUAAUGUCUGGUGAUGCAGCGGGGGAGCGAGCGUAUUUUUCGGUUCUGCCAAAUACUACUAUGGUCGAUGCGCUUAAUACAUCUAGAAUCAUUUAUCUCCAUUUCAUACCCGCACACGCUCGUAUCGGGAAGCGACAAUCCAACCAAGGGAUAUAUGCAAUGCAAUACGGUCAUAUUUCGGAUUUUAUGAAGAGAGAUACACCGGAUAUUCUAUCGGGGUAUAAUCUCGAUCCUGAGAAAGGGGUGAGCUGUACCGGUCCUGAUGGGAAGGAGUUGAGUGUGGUAUUGGCUGGAGGAGAUUCUGAGGGGAAAGGGGUGGGGAUGGCUUUACCUGAUGCGGAUUAUGGGACUAUUAGUGUUUCGUCGUUUGUGCAGCAGGUGGCUACGGUGUCGGUUGCGGUUAAUCCUGAUGGGGGGUUUAGUAUUUCUCAGGCACCGUUGUCGACGCCGGCGGCUGUUGCUGCUUCUGUUGCUUCUGCUUCUUCGGCGUCGGUGGCGUCGGUGGCUUCUGUUUCUUCAGCUUCGAUUGCUUCGGUUGCGUCUGCUUCUUCGGCAUCUGCUUCUUCGGCAUCUGUUGCUUCCGUCUCUUCGAGAUCUUCGUCGUCUAGUACUACGACCAGGGCGACGGGCCCGGAUGCUUAUGAUAUUAUCACAAGCAACUCGUUACAAGCUUAUUGUUAUACAUUGCUAGCAUACAUACCAAAAGCAACAACAGUUACCACGGAGGGGACAACCACUUUACCCCAAUACACCAAGUCUACUACGGUGUCUAGGACUGCGGCCACUCCGGGUGGUGAUUCGACCGUAAAGUAUACCGCCCUCUCAGCUACCACGACGGUAUUCUCAGAUUUACCCCGUCGUCGACGAGCACGACGGUCUAAGUCCGGAGAGACAUAUACUAAAAACCCAGAUCCUACUAUUAUUACUAAACGACAAAAUAACGCACCCACCGCGCUUUCUAACUACGCCACCUCCCAACUUAGUUCGGCGUGUAGCAGAGCUAUCACAUCUCCAACGUCAGUCAGGACUCUUACCGCAACUACUUAUGUCACCAGUUAUACGCCAGCAACUGGUGUUUCUACUAUUUUCACCACUGUGGCGACUACUACAUCGGUCUUCUUGAUCAGUACUCCCGUCUCAACGAUUCCAAUUUCGACGUACCUCCCCGGUUCGAGUUACUUAAAAGUCGGUGGUACGAGUGCCUGGAGAAACUACUAUCUCGGAAAACUCGCUGCUGUAGAUUCAUACGGCUCAGUCGCCAGAGGAUGGGCGAGUACAGAUGUAACCAGCGCCUCACGCUUUUCUUUCCUAUAUAGCAAGAACACAGGCGAAUACCGUCUAUCGAUGACAGACACAACCACCAGCCCCGCAACCGAUCUACAACUCUGGACGAAUCUUACAAAUAGUCAGGUAUAUCUACUCGAUGGGGAUCAACAGUCUAAUUCUUUUUUCAUUGCAGCGUGGGCUACUUGGACGGUUAAGAUGAAGACGGGGUAUUAUACCCUUCAACCUUCUGGUUCGAAGAAUGUGAUCGGAGCGUGUUUUGAUAAUUCGAGUAAUUUUUUGAGGUUCUUUUUGUUUGCGACGCCGAAUUCUGGGGAACCGGAUUUUCAGGGAGGGAAUACGCAGUGGACUGGGUGUGUUACUAUUCCGUAUUUUGUAUUGUGUAGGACCUGUCAUGUGAAUGGUGAUGGGGAUAUAUUGGAUGGAGAGUCGAGGCGGAUGUUUGAUUGA